ACUGUCAAACUACUUAUGUCCCCUUUUCUUUCGCGAAAAUUAAUUUUCACCGCUCUGUUUAUUCCUUUAGCGACACAGCACACUACAACUCCCACGUCGAUUUGUGAGAGCAGCAUCUUGGCCGUGGAUCACCACUCGGAGUCGGUAGUGGUGACGAGUAGCGAGGUCUCCAACACCAGCAAGCCUAGCAACAGUCUCAGCGACUCUUUCUCAAAUUUCCAAUUUUCUCAUGCCCACUGGGAGGAAAACGCAGAAAAUAUGGGCAUUUGGCUCCAGUACAGGUUUUUGGCUAUGAACAACCAGGCUCUCAUCAGAGGACUUUCCUUCAAAGUUCUUUUUGCCCCGAAAAAGAUUUUCGUACAGACGUCUGACGAUGGCGUUAAUUUCGUUACACGAAAGAUAUUGACCGGUUUCAAGCAACCAUUGGCGAAAGUCCGCAUUGAAUUCCCCGAUGUAGUGACAGGCACGUACCUGCGUCUGAUACCCCAGGGUCUGUCGGAUGAGUCCGUAUCAAAGCUAACCCCUGUUUUCGAGAGUGUCAACAUCGUGGCCUGUUACCUCGAAAUCCCAAUAACAAUGACGACCCUUUCCACAACUACGAUGGAAGCUGCUCCGACUACCAUGGCACCUUGCUCUAACGACACGGUCCGUUGUCCAGGAUCGACCAUCUGCGCCGCGAUAUGUGACGGUAAUCCCGAAUGUCCCGAUAAGUCAGACGAAGCGGGAUGUCAGACAUCUUGUGAGGAAGGCAACGUACCUUUGAAUUGCACAAGUUUCGGCUUCACUUUCCAUUGCAUCGAGCAGGCGUGGAUCUGCGACGAGGAGUGUGACUGCGAGAAUGGAUGCCCGGAUGAAAAAGAUUGCCCUCCUAUCGUGCCCCCUAAGCCUAAAUGCAAUGAAACGGACCACACAUGCCCGGACGGUUCGUGUAUUUCGCAGGACAAACUUUGCGACACCAACUGCGACUGUGCCGGAGGUUGCGAUGAUGAAAAGCAUUGUGCACCCAGGUGCUCAGACAACGAGGUUUGGGAUGAGUGUCCCUCGGUGCGACCAACGCUGUGCCACGACCUCUUGCGAGGAGACAACAGCACUGCCAACAGCACAGCCACGGAGUGUGUGCCACGCUGUACUUGUAUCCCAGGGACCUACCUCGACGCCAAUGGUGAAUGUACACCACACUGUGGUUGCAUAUACAAUGGCGUUAAAUAUGAUGACGGAGACAAGAUUGUAAAUUCUGCUUGUGAACUUUGUUUGUGUAGUGAAAAUACCGUGAACUGCGUCCAUGCGUGCGGAGAGUGGGGCGAUUGGGGCCGUUGCUCCAAGACAUGUGACGCAGGCUUGACCACGCGGCGGCGACACUGCGUAUCAGACGUCAAUUUAGUCUACUCCGGGGAAUAUUGUCAGGCAAAGGAGUCAGAGACAAAACUCUGCAAAAAGGCGGAAUGUUCUGUCACAUGUUCUUUGACGCAAUGGACUGAGUGGUCCCCGUGUAGUAAGACAUGCGAUAUGGGUAAAAGCACGAGAACCCGCCAACCCACUUCCGCGACACCCCAAGCGGUCGGAGCCUGCGAGGAUGCCAAGAUGACUGAAGAGAAAGGCUGCAAUGCAAAUCCCUGCGCGGGACCUCCGAAUGAUGGUAAGUGUCCUGAAGGCAUGGAGAUGAGCGACUGCGCCAAUGGCUGCCCCUUCUCCUGUUCCCAGCUCACGACGGAGCAGUGUGUUGUCAGCAAAUGCACACCUGGCUGUCGGUGCAUUAACGGAACCAUGCUACAAGAGGGGAAGUGCACCCCGAAGAACCAGUGUCUAUGUCCUUACUCCAAGGACCCAGCAAACCCAUUGAAGGCUGGCGAGACGAGAGUUGCGGAUUGCGAGUCGUGCACUUGUGUACCAGGAAAUGGACUGGAAUGUACUCCGAAGAAUUGCUCCACUCCUUCGUUGUGGAAACCAUGGACUUCGUGGUCUGAGUGCACCCAGCAGUGCGGAGAAGGAGGCGUCAGAAUGAGAACCAGGGUAUGCGACAAGAAAAUCGGACGUCCUGCUUGCCAGGGCAAUGCUACGGAAAUCGAAACAUGUUUGGUCGGAUUCUGCCCCUGUAUAGUCGACCACAAGACCCUCAAGCGGGAGUUGAACAUCACGGACGCAGAGUUCCCACAGGCCUGGAUUGAGACUGACGGAGAGCAUGGACAUGGGAUAUACGAUACACGUGUCACGGACGGCCAGACUGUUGACAAUGGUGUCGUUGUUCAUGUCUACUGUAAUAAUUGCACAUGUAAGGAGGGCAAAUUGACGUGCACGAAAAUGAGCUGUGGAGACAGUCAUUGGAAGCCGUGGUCCGAAUGGAGUGAAUGUUCUGCCACCUGCAAUGGAGGGACCAAGAUCCGAUCGAGGUCAUUCGUCCUUGGGUCGUAUGCCGGGAAACCGUUGACCGGACCAGUCAAUGAGACUACGGGUUGUAACCAACAGAGAUGUCAAGUGAAUGGAGAAUGGGCCCCGUGGAGCAGCUGGAGCUCCUGUAGCGCUGAAUGCUCCGGGGGUUUCACGACUAGACGCAGGAGGUGCAACAACCCUAAAGCCAGCAAUGGCGGAAGGGAAUGUCAAGGAAACGGGAAUGAGCUGAAACCUUGUAAUACACGACCAUGCCCAGACGGAUGUACCGGUGACAUGGUACGGAAAACAAUAGCCAACACAUGUCCCCUGGUCUGUCUCGAACAAUCCCCUGGGACAGUAUGCCUCACGCCAGAGGGUCCGCCCAUCGAGGGAUGCCACUGUCCGGAAGGAAAGUACCUCCACGAGGGCGCGUGCGUGGAUCAGUGCCCUUGUUACAAGAAUGGCUUCGUCAUACCAAUAGGUUCCAAGAAAAUGGUUGCUGAAUGUGAAGAAUGUAAAUGCAAUGGAACCAGUUCCCUAUCAUGCAGUGAUACAACGUGUAACAAGGACUGUGGACACAGUGACUGGUCUGAAUGGUCCGAAUGCAGUCAGGAAUGCGGCGUCGGAUACGAGGUCAGAUCAAGGCAAGGCGACAGGCCGCCUAAGCAAGGAUCAGGCAAACCUUGCCACGGCGAAUUACUGGAAACCAGGACCUGCCAUCGCACGGCUUGCUCGUGCCAAUACGGCGGAACCGCCUACCUCAUCGGGGACAUCGUCCCUAUGGCCAAUAACUCACAAUGCCAAAAGUGCCGCUGUAAUCCGGACUUGAGUGUUGGUUGUCAAACGAUCCAGGAGGCAGUGGUCAAUGGAGGAUGGAGCGAAUGGAACGCCUGGUCCGACUGUACCAUGUCGUGCGACAAGGGCACCAAGAGGCGUACCCGCGUCUGUGACAACCCACCCCGUCAGUGUGGCGGCGUGGACUGCCCGGCGGAUGGGUAUGAGGAUGUCAAGCCGUGUAACCAAGGAAUUGAAUGCCUGAAUUGCCGCGCCCCCAUGGUACUGAGUAACUGCUCGAACAAGUGCGAGAACACUUGUAGCUAUCAUAGAGGAGUCAAAAAAUGUCUCACCCAAGAAGAAGAGCCCUGUGUCAGAGGAUGUGCCUGUCCAUCUGAUAUGGUCCGCAAUGAUAACGGCACGUGCGUUCCGAAAUAUGACUGUGGGUGCGUCUGGACCGUUGAAGCGAUUCAACGCCGGGUGGAGGUGGAACGGACGUUCCUGGAACACUAUUCUACAAGUGACGUCGGCUUUCCGGAAGAAUUUCUGGGAGAUGGAAGUGGGGACUUGGGAGAUGGAAGUGGAGACUCGCAUGGAGACUUGCAUGGAGACUUGCAUGGAGACUUGCAUGGAGAAUCCAAAGCUUUUUCUCCGGAAGGCGGAAAAAUUUCGGAAUUUUGCGUCUGCAACGGAACUAAAUGGAAUUGCCGCCACUCUGACAACAAAACCGUACCGUGCGAGUGGAGCACUUGGUCACCAGAAGGGUCAUGCUCUCACUCGUGUGGAACAGGGAGACAGGUCUACAAACGAAACAUCACGAAAGAGGCCACUGGACCAACCCUGAUAUGCAACGGAAAAGACACCAAGGAGGAAAUCUGCUUCGAGAAACCCUGUGAAUGCGGCGCCAAUGAGGAAUAUAGCAGAACGCUGCUGUGUAAGGAAACCUGCCUCUCUCGUCGCCAAGGGACACAAUUGCCAGGUCAAUGCGAAGAAGGUUGCAAGUGCAAAGAUGGCUUCUUCCGCGACGGUAACGGUACGUGCGUGACGGCACGAGAGUGUGACGUAUGCAAGCUCAACGGAGAAGACAUGAUGCCUGGUACCACCUGGAGGAAGGACCCGACUAACGCCAACUGUCAGUUCUGCAGCUGCGAUGCGGGCACCACCAAGUGUGGAGAAGUCUGCAAUAACGACAGGUUGUUCUGUGCCCCGGGUGAAGUCCGAAAAAAGGUUGCUGAAUCGAGCUGUUGUUACAAGUGUGAAAAGCCAGAGUCUGCUAACGAGUGUAUCCUUAACGGGUGUCCCCUUAACGGGUGUACCCUUAACGUGACGACAGUAUCGUUGCACGAAUUCCUUGAGAGGAGCGGUACCCUGCCUCAUUUGAGCUGCGAGAUUCCCGACAAGCCCAUUGAAAUUCACCAGUGCGGUGGAAUCUGCCCUGGUUCUGUCUACAUCGAACCCAUCAUCGUGGACGGACAGCGAUACGGUGACCUUGACACUUGCCGGGAGUGCAGCGCCAUCUCCUUCUCGAUGAAGCGCGACAGAUUCAUGUGCAACGGCAAGGAGAUACUCAUACAGAUCCCGCAGUUCACCGGAUGUUCUUGCCAACAGUGCGAGAAUCACCGGCCCUGCGACUAAAACAAAUCAAGUUAGCUGAACUUGCCUAGACACCUUAACCGAUUUUGAUGGUUGGCUAAUCCUAAUACCAUCGGCGAAGUUGCCACCAUCUAGCAAUUCAA